GUUAUAUUUACAGCACUAUUACUAUUGUGGUAAUUGGAUAGAUUUAUUCUACAUAAUAGAAACAGCGAAGAGGCAGUUAGGUUUACGUUAUUUUUAAUGACAAUAAUAAUAAUAAUAUAAUAGUAUGGGGAUUGAGAAUUGAUGGCAAAGCAGAAGAAUCCUUCAAUCAAAGCAUCCAAAUUUUGAGAAAUCGUGCCGUGCCUGCUGCUAUUAUUAUUAUUUGAUUUUAGCAACACUAAAACAAAAACAAAAGCUUAGCCCGCACUUCAUCUUCUCCUUUGGAAUAUCAUAUCUCAUUUUCAUCUUUUUACUUUUCCUCUUUCCCAAUUCAUUUUUCUUCUUGAGAUCUGAUCUAACUCCCCUUCACUUACUCCACCGCCUUCAUCCUCAACUCACAAAUUCAACCAAAACAAUAAUUUCACUAACACAACUUAUUGUACCUUAAAAUUAAUAUCUCUCUUCUUUUACAUGAUUUCAUAUACUUUUGCACAUUAGUAUUAUUAUUAUACUUUUUACCAUGUUCUAUUCUACUGGCCGAGGCCAAGUGGUUGCACCAAGAAUUCAACUUCUCAUCACUCGAGAACCUUUUCUGAAGCCUUAAAAAUUGGAAGUUCACUCGUGUGCAUUUGACUUUGACCAAAAAAAAUAAAGAAAUAUGCAUGAAAAAUUGCACGAAUGUGUGUGGACUAGAGUACAAACUGACUUAAUAAACCAAACCACCUCUGCUUUCUCUUGCCUUGUAUUUAUUUCCCCUGGUUUUUCUUAAUCCAACGACUCUAGUUAAUGCGCAGUCUUCUCUUAUAGGAUUUAUUAAUGCUCCCAACAUCUAAUCCCACUCCCACACCCAAAAAAAACUCUCAACUGAAAUACAUUUCAUGGUCUUUGCCUAGUAAUGGAAAUUGCCAGCUCCAAACACACUUCACUCUCUUUAAGUCCUUUCUCUUCCCCAAACGUUGGGGCCUUGCUCAAAAUUAGAGUCAUUUCAUGGAGCCAAGAGACUGGCUUGCCUGUCACGGUUCGCGUUCGAGUUGGUGACAAGAUCUUCAACCUUCACAAGCAUCCGUUGUACUCAAAAAGUGGAUACUUCAAGAAAAUAUUGAAUGAAUCAACUGAAAUUGAGCUACCUGAAGACUUCCCCGGAGGGCCAGGUAGCUUUGAGAUGAUUGCACUCUUCAUCUAUGGCUCAUCCACAUUGGUUGACCCUUUUAAUGUGGCAGCCCUUCGUUGCGCGGCUGAGUUUCUCGAAAUGACUGAAGAAUACUGUCAUGGAAACCUCUGUGAACGCUUUGAUCUCUAUAUGAACCAAGUUGUACUGCAGAGUUGGGAUGACACACUAAUAGUCCUCCAAAAGUGUCAAACUUUGCUUCCCUGGUCUGAGGAGCUUCUGAUUGUGAGCCGCUGCAUUGAAUCACUAGCUUUCAUGGCUUGUAUGGAGAUUCUUGAUCCAGAAAGGAGAAGGGACCAACCAGUAGUCACACUGGAGACACUUGCCAAGCGAAGCUGGAGCUGUGAAACAAUGAAGGAAAUUGUUGGUCAAGAGCUCUGGAUCAAAGAUCUUAUUGCUCUCCAAUUCGGAUUCUUCAAAAGGAUUAUUGGGUCUUUGAGAAGACAAGGCAUGAAGGAAAGAUAUGUUAGCCCCAUCAUUGUUUUCUAUGCAAACAAAUGGGUUCUCUCCAAGAACUCUGGUGAAAAGUUUGUGGAUAACAAUAUGAAUCACAGAGUUUCAGUAAUAUUACAAGGUAUUCUUGAGUUACUGCGUUUGAGGGAGAAGGCCAGUAGAGCUAUCCCAGUUGGGUUUUACUUUGCCUUACUUUCUAGAUCCCUUGAAGUUGGUUUGAAAGAUGAUAGUAAAGCUAAGUUGCAAGAGAAAAUUGUAUCGUUGUUGCGUUUUGCCCAAGUGGAAGAUUUUUUGGUUCCGCAUAGUGGGAAAGAGCCAAUUUCUUCUAGUAUGGAGUUGGUUACAAUGGAGAACAUAAUUUCUAGAUAUGUUUUGUUAAACUCGGACUCAGAUCAUACUCCCUCAGCAAGCAACUCAAUCGUUGCAGACCUAUGGGACUCAUAUAUCUCACUAUACAUAGCUUCAGACCCUGACCUGAGGCCUAAAAGAUUCAUGGAACUCAUUGAAAGAGUUCCAAUACUUCACAGACAAAACCAUGAUCAACUCUAUAGGGCAACGAACACCUUCUUGCUGGCACAUCCAAACGUGUCCCAAGAUGAGAAAGCUGCAGUAUGCAAAUACCUCAGUUGCCAGAAGUUAUCACAAGAGGCUUGCAUUGAAGCAGUUCAAAAUGAAUUGAUGCCACUGCGCUUAAUAGUUCAGGCACUUUUUGUGCAGCAACUCAACACACACCAAGCUUUUAAGGAAUGUUCAGACUCAUUUCGAUACGCGCAUUGUGGAGAGUACUCCGGUAGCCUCUCUAGCUCUAGGUGUCAAUAUUCCAGGAGCUUGCAUCCUGGUGAUAGCCCAUUUACAGAAGGAGCAGAGCCUACUAGUAGACCCUUGAGCCUCUUGUUGCAAAAAGACGCUGCCGGUCCAGAGCUCUCAAGGGUGGAGUUUGAAUCAACAAGCUUCAGAAUUCAGAAUCUUGAACAAGAACUCAUGUCAUUGAAGAGAAGCCUUCAGUGGCAAAACAUUUCAAAGGGAACUUCAGAACCAAGCUCCACCAAGCAACAGAGUUUGAAACCAUUUGGCAAAGAUAAUAGAUCGUUAAGCAAAAAGAUUAAUCCACUUGGACAAGUGACAAGCUGCAUUGGGUCUGUGAAUUUUGCUUCACAAAGGAAGUAUGCUAGUAGACUACUUAAGAUCAUUCGCCGCUUAACCUUGUUUAGCAGCAGAAAAACAAAGCGAAAGCCAGGCACCUCUAGCCUACGGUCCAAACCACUGUGAGUAAGAGAAAGAGAUGUAUGAAACUAGAAAAUCGACAAAUUUUCAUCAUUACAAGAGUACUUGUAAAGUAACUUGAUUCAAUAAGUUUUGUGUACAUGUAUAACUCUGUUUCUAAACUUUACUCAUACUAUGAAUAAAAAUUGCCCAUAAACAAAUAUCUUCUGAAACCAUAUUCCAUUGGUUCUAUACAUGAAAAUUACAUCAAAUCAAGCAGCAUUCAUAUAUAAUGGAGUCAUGGAAAGUCCAAUGAGCUCCAUGUAACAUAAUAAACUAAAACGAAAAAGACAAAUACAAAUAGAACAUAUUAAGACACACAGUAAGGCCAGCCAAAACAAGCAGUCAUUAUAUUAAGACUGCAAAAGUAUGCAUUCCAAGUUACUAACUAAACAACUGGUGGGGGCUGCCUCAGUAGAAAUUUCAUUCUUGAUCUUAUGAGAUGACUCAAUAACACUUCUCGCAGUAUCAACAACCACUUGGCCAGUGACGUAGUGGAGGCGACAGACCGGCAUAUAGAGAUUAGCGCCACCAAUGAGUUCGGUCUGUGUGUCACCUGUCUUCCUCAGAGUAAAAAAGGCCCUCUUGCCACACAUUUCACAGCGUGCUGUCAACUUGGUGAC